AUGGGUUUAGCGGCCGUUAAAAACAAGCAGAAACUUGGGAUCGAUCCUAGAAACACCAAUUGGAGCAAUGAUACCUCGAGGUUUGGUCACAAGCAUCUAGAGAAGAUGGGCUGGAAGCCAGGCUCUGGGCUUGGUCUCAUGCCGAACUCAACUACAACUCAUGUAAAGGUGUCGAUAAAAGACGACACUUUGGGUCUGGGAGCAAAACUCCGUAACAAGAAAAAAACCGAUGAAUUUGACACUGGAGAGUGCGCCGGACUGGACGCCUUCCAACGUUUGCUGGGUCGUCUCAACGGCAAAGAAGAGACGGUUUCAAACGAGCUCGAAACACAAAGAAAAGACAACAUUAUAAAUGGGAAGUGGGGGAUCCAUUUUGUGAAAGGUGAUGUCUUGGCCAGCACUUGGGAUGCCAAAACUAAGACAUUGAAGAAGUAUAGUAACCACUCCAUCAAGCGGGCUAGAUCAGACCAUGAUGAUUCUUCGGAUGAUGCAGAGACAAGAAAAUCGAAGAAGGGAAAGAAGGAUAAGAAAGCUGACAAGAAAGACAAAAAGAGAUUGUUUGAGGACGCUAGCAGGAAGCGCUCUGGCGAAACCAUAAAAAACAAGUCUGACGCUACUGAAGAAGCAACUUUGAAGAAAUACAAGAGGGAAAAGAAGGAAAAGAAGGACAAGAAAGACAAGAAAGCCAAGGGAGAGAAGAAGAAGAAAGACAAGGCAGAGAAGAAAGUAAAGAAAGAUUCCACCGGCAAGAAAGACGGGAAAAUCAAGAAGGAUAAAAAAGAUAAGCAUAAAAAGAUCAGCAAGCAGGAGAAAAUUACUCGUGAGGAAAUGCUGAAACCAAAAUCACAAGGCAACGAUGAGAUUGUUUCAAGGUUAUCGGUCCGUUCCAAAUGGAUUAAACAGAAAAGAGCAGCUGUUAUGGACGCCAAGGCUUUGAAUGAAAUUUUCAUGAUUGCGAGUUGA